ACUCCUGGACUAGAAUACGAACAUCAGCAGAGGGCUAACCAUCGCAAGCUAUGUGUUCAGUGUGGCAAAGUCUGUACGAAAAACUAAAACUUUGAAACUGUGCUGUACAUUUAUGGUGUGCCAUGUACAUGUCUGUUAAAAAAUCGAGCACUUGAGCUCAUUUCUUAUAUACUUUACGUACUCUACGGUCUUUGAGAGAGGUUGCCUGCCACCGCAACUGGCGUAACAAAAUCUGUUUGGGUUCUUCUGCAAUUGAAGUGGACCUUCCCAGCAUGGAGUACACGUCCUCCCCGAAGCCUCAGCUCUCCUCUCGAGCAAAUGCGUUUUCUAUCGCUGCUCUUAUGUCAAGUGGGAAAACGAAAGACAAGGAAACGGAAGAAAAUACCAUCAAACCAUUGGAGCAAUUCGUGGAGAAGUCAUCCUGCAACCAGAGCCUGGCAGACCUGUCCAGCCUGGAAGCCCACGCUGACUUCAGCGGAAACACACCACCGAUCUGCACGGAGCCGCUCAUCCCCACCACACCGAGCGUGCCCAGCGAGGAGAUGGCGAAGAUCAGCUGCAGCCUGGAAACCAAGGAACUCUGGGACAAGUUUCACGAACUCGGUACAGAAAUGAUCAUCACAAAAUCCGGCAGAAGAAUGUUUCCAACCAUCCGCGUGUCUUUCUCUGGGGUGGACACGGAUGCCAAAUAUAUAGUGUUGAUGGACAUUGUUCCCGUGGACAACAAGAGAUACCGAUAUGCCUACCACAGGUCAUCUUGGCUCGUGGCAGGGAAAGCGGACCCCCCUCUGCCAGCACGGCUGUACGUGCACCCAGACUCCCCUUUUACCGGCGAGCAGUUGCUGAAGCAGAUGGUGUCCUUCGAGAAAGUGAAGCUUACAAACAACGAGUUGGAUCAGCACGGCCAUAUCAUCCUGAACUCCAUGCACAAGUACCAGCCUCGCGUGCACAUAAUCAAGAAGAAAGACCACACCGCUUCGCUGCUCAACCUCAAGUCUGAGGAGUUCCGUACCUUCGUCUUCACCGAGACGGUUUUCACCGCGGUCACCGCCUAUCAAAACCAGCUGAUAACCAAGCUGAAGAUCGACAGUAACCCCUUUGCCAAAGGCUUCAGGGACUCCUCCAGGCUGACUGACAUGGAGAGUAGGGAAAGUGUUGAGAGUUUGAUCCACAAGCACUCGUACGCCAGGUCACCGAUACGGACGUACGCCGGCGAGGAGGACGCGGCAGGCGAGGACGGACACGCCGCCCACGGGCGCGGUUCUGCCUUCACGGCCUCUGACAACCUCUCUCUGAGCUCCUGGGUGACCAGCACCUCCGGCUUCUCUGGGUUCCAGCACCCCCAGUCGCUGUCAGCCAUGGGGACAGGCUCCGCCUCCCUGGCUAGCCCCCUGCCGCACCCCAUUCAGGGCUCCCUGCCCCCCUACAGCCGGCUGGGCAUGCCCCUCACCCCCUCCGCCCUGGCGGGCACCAUGCAGGGCAGCGGACCCACCUUUCCCUCCUUCCACAUGCCCCGCUACCACCACUACUUCCAGCAGGGGCCCUACGCCGCCAUACAGGGACUGCGCCACUCCUCCACGGUCAUGACCCCCUUCGUAUGAACCCCGGGGGCGCCCCCCCCAAAACCUCCUGACACCCCCCAGCCGCACCGCCCGCAUCCUCCUCACUGCCACCUUCAUCAUCGCCACCAUCAUCAGACCUCUCGUCCUCCCUCCUCAUUGUAAAUAGUGUAUCUGAUUAAAGGAACCCUAAACGACCUGGGGCUGCUGCCUCGUGACAGCUUCCCGGUGAUGACACGGACACAGGAUGUGGAUUUGCCACGGCGAUUGAGAUUGACGUGAACACUGACAAAUAAAGCAGCACCGACAGCCCCCUUCCCUCCUCCGAUCUGGUGCGUUUCUCAGCGAAGAAAAUGAAAUGAAAUAACUGGGAGGCACACCAGGGGGCGCCUCAUAUGGGACACUGCCUGGCCUGGGCUGAGGCACUGGGGGCAAGUCUGCAGCACAGCCCUUUAGCCCACACCUGACACGGCACAGGCCACAGAGCUGAACUGUACCUACCGCAGGGUCAGACUGUCAGACCACACCUGUAAAUCUGCAAUGGAGGCACUCACCGCUGGAUGUAAAUACAGCUGUCUGAAGACCUAGAGCCUACUGUAGGGGCACUGAAACAUGCCUGGGUUUGAAUUGGCCAGGCUUAUGUUUUUUAUUGAGGUUGCGACCGUAUUCAACAACCGACAACAAAAUUCAUAACAGCACUGUCUCCUCCCCUUUCCUUGCACUCAUCUACAGAGAUAAAUGUUAUUAAUGAUAAUAAGUUAUGAUAUGAAAAAAAUAGAUAGUGAUACAAAUGCACUACAGAGCACAUAUGAGCUUUCUUAGUGCCAGAAAUUAGAAAGCAUGCUCAAGUCUUUAGUCUGCGGCUGAACACACUAAAAAACCAAACAAGAUUUCAACAAAAAGGGUUUGUUGUAAUCAAAACUCUUUCCCCUGUUUACUUUGGUUCAGUAUACACUCUUUGCAGGAAGUAUGUUGGACUCUCGUUUAUCAUGAGGUUUUUUAUUCACAUCAUAGAAUCUUUAUUUUAUUCAAAGCCUUUUGGCAAUAUUUCAUUGUGGGAUACAAACUAAAAUAUACUUAGCAUAUGCACAGCCUUGAAAUUAUUUCACAUAACACUCUUUUAUUUAAAAAAUCACACAUCCUGUGGUAAUGGUUAGCUGUUUUGGGCAUGCAUUCACAGGGAAUCCAUUCCUGUAAUUACGCUCUGUGUAUCAACGGUCUAUUAGAUGCUCACACUUUAAAUUUUAUUUCUUUCAGCAUAUUGUCCAAAAAAGUGUUUAUGACGCUGGCAGGUUUGAACAUUUCCCUAAUUCUGUACCAAAAAAUAUUUGUAUUUCUUACGCCAAGUCCAGAUUUUUUCUUGUACUGUUUUAGUACAUGCCCUCUGUGGACAAACAUAAAGGUAGCCCUGGAUUGACUGUUGGGGCAGUGCCCUAUUAAGGGGGAAAUCAUGUUCAUUUGAAUCAUACCUGCUGGACACCUUGUUGAUUUGUAAUGGGCUGUCAGUCUUACCAACAGUUACUUCAAUGUGAUGGAAACCCCAAACUUCAAACAUAUAAUUAAGUUCACAAUGUUCUCUCUAAGCUGCUAUCACAAAGACAUUUGCUGAGGAGAUGAGAUGUGUGAGGGGGUAUAGUGAGGUAUAUAAUGUAGGGAGACCAAGUCUCAUGGUCAUCCUGAUAACAGGACUAACCUUUUUGAAAAUACAGUGUUGCCUAUUAAUGGAAUAAUAGUGCAAUCUUAAAUGUAUCACUCUUUAAAAAGUGUGAAAGAACUAUCUGAUUUUGAAAAUCUCAAUUCUGAGUAAAAAAAAAACAAAAAAAAAACAAAGAGGUCUUCAUUUUCAGCUUCGUUCUUAACUCGAUUUCUGCUUUUUCAAGAACAAAAAGUGGUUUAGUUGAAGAUGACAUUGAUGAAGCCCAGAAUGUGUAAUUCAAUCAUUCAAUUUAAGCUCCAGUUCACUGUAUACAAUUGUGGAGACUGCCAAUGUUGCAUAAACUCCCAAGCCACUAAAUGGAGAGAUGAAAGGAAAUAGGCAAGCAGCAGCGUUUUUUAGACGAGCCUUGAAACCAGUCCACAGUUGCAAUAAAACACACUGGAAUGUGUAUCUAUCUUGAUCGGUUUAUGUCCGCUAUUUCUCAUUGCAUUUUAUUUUGCUGUGUUUCUUCCCCUUUAUUACAGAAUUACUCUCAUUUGUAUUUUAUGCUAUAGAAGUUUGUAUGCAUUUAAGAUGAGUUUUGACCUUAAGAUUGACCCUUCUCUUCAAUCUACUGUUUGACUCCUUAUUUCCUGUGUUCAUGGAGGAAAAACUAUAUAUGAAGUUACACCAUCAAAAAGAGAUGGAGAAAAUUAGUAUGUUUUUUUGUUUGUUAUUUUUUAUAGGUCUAUCCUGUAAAAUGUAACCUAAAUAUGGAGCAACAUACAAUAUGUGUCAUUUUUUUCUUGUUGAUUUUUUAAGUGCAAUAUAUUUAUUUCUGCUCUCAGAAAAUGAAAAUGCAUUAUGUAAAAUUUGAGGCAUUAAAAUAGAUAUUUGUAAGCCAUGAAAAAAAUAUAACACCCUUUAAAAAGAUGUGGUGUGAGUGUAUUUUCAUAUCAGGCCAGAGAUUAUACAAUUAUAGCUACCUGAGUGAAAUUUACUACACCAACCCUAGAGCAUGCCAUCAAACAUACAUUAUUAAAUAUUGUUCUGAGGCUAAUAUUGUGGUAGGCCUUGGUUCUCAACCAGUUUGAAGGCUGUCAUUGGGGAGGUCAUGUGCUCUUCUAUAUUAAAGGUCACAAUGUGUUCUAAGUUGUUUGUCAAUUUUCAAUGCCAUUUUAGCAUGUAACAGUAUUUAUUUAUGGAAAUAUGUUAAACAGGAUAAAUCACGAGUUUUAUUCACACAGUGUGGGGGUGGCAAGAUGGGGUUCAAUGGUGGGUGACAACAAAAUUAAUUUAAAACAAUAAAAAAAAUUCACAAUCCAGCAAAAUUCCAAAUAAGUUAUUGUUCUCCAAUUCAAAACUAAAAAAGUUAUUUCUUUAAAAAUAUAGUAUAACACUAUACCUCAGUCUAUUUGCAUGCCGGUAUAUUUGUAUUGUUUCCCUUG